AGAGGGAGGAGAGAGCGAGAGAAACAGAGAGGGAGAGAGCGAGAGAGAGAGGAAGAGAGAGAGAGAGGGCAAACUUUACGCGGUAGUGGUUGAGGCGCUUUACGGGCUCACCUUGGUCAACCACCGAACGAACAUACCUUCGAUCCCAUUCCCCAAAUCCACAAGUGACAGACAGCGGCGAGGACACCCCCCCCCCCCCUCUCCUCACCCCGCCUCGCUCCCCAAACCACCCGCCAGCCGGAGAGACGCGGGCUGCAUCCUCUUAAGCCGUUCAUGCCGGAUAAAGUUCAUGACCAACGUGGUAGAGGAGAGGGGACAACGGCUGGACGGCACACACCUUUCGAUAAACUUAUCGGGAAGUCGCUCGUCGCCGUCUGAAAUGGGCACCUUGCGUGACCUCCAGUACGCGCUCCAGGAGAAGAUCGAGGAGCUGCGGCAGAGGGACGCGCUCAUCGACGAGCUGGAACUGGAGCUCGACCAGAAAGACGAGCUCAUACAGAGACUGCAGACCGAGCUGGACAAAUACCGCUCCGUUAUCAAACCGGCAACCCAGGUCGUCAAGCAGAACGAUCUGCACGAGCAGCAGAGGACGAAGAGGCAGGCGAUUUCGGCCGAACCCACAGCCUUCGACAUCCAGGAUCUUAGCCAUGUCACCCUACCUUUCUACCCCAAAAGCCCACAGUCCAAAGACCUGAUCAAGGAGGCCAUCUUGGACAACGACUUCAUGAAGAACCUGGAGCUGUCGCAGAUUCAAGAGAUCGUGGACUGCAUGUACCCUGUGGAGUAUGGAAAGGACAGCUGCAUCAUUAAGGAAGGCGAUGUGGGCUCGCUGGUCUACGUCAUGGAAGACGGGAAGGUGGAGGUGACGAAGGAGAGUCUGAAGCUCUGCACCAUGGGGCCGGGAAAGGUGUUUGGGGAGCUCGCUAUCCUCUACAACUGCACCAGGACCGCCACUGUCAAGACUCUAACAAAUGUCAAGCUGUGGGCCAUCGACCGACAGUGCUUUCAGACGAUCAUGAUGAGGACGGGUCUCAUCAAGCACACGGAGUACAUGGAGUUUCUGAAAAGCGUUCCCACAUUCCACGGCCUGCAGGAAGAUAUUCUGAGCAAGCUCGCCGAUGUCCUUGAGGAAACGCAUUAUGGAGAUGGAGAGUACAUCAUCAGGCAGGGGGCCAGGGGAGACACCUUCUUCAUCAUCAGCAAGGGAAAGGUUAAUGUGACCAGGGAAGACUUGCCCAAUAUAGAGCCUGUCUACCUGCGAAGCCUCGGGAAAGGAGACUGGUUCGGAGAGAAAGCUCUACAAGGGGAGGACAUAAGGACAGCCAACGUCAUUGCAGCAGAGGCAGUCACCUGUCUGGUCAUCGACAGAGAUUCAUUCAAGCACCUGAUUGGAGGUUUGGAGGAGGUUUCCAGUAAAGGCCACGAGGAUGCUGAUGCCAAAGCCAAAUACGAAGCGGAGAAUGCAUUUUUCUUCAACCUCAACCUCGCCGACUUCAACAUCAUCGACACUCUGGGAGUCGGCGGAUUUGGCCGCGUUGAGCUGGUUCAGCUCAAGAGCGACGAGAACAAAACCUUCGCAAUGAAGAUCCUGAAGAAGCGGCACAUUGUCGACACGAGGCAGCAGGAGCACAUUCGUUCAGAGAAACUCAUCAUGCAGGAGGCCCACUCUGACUUCAUCGUUAGACUCUACAGAACAUUCAAGGACAGCAAGUACCUCUACAUGUUGAUGGAGGCGUGUUUAGGAGGAGAGCUGUGGACCAUUCUUCGUGACCGGGGUUCAUUUGAGGACUCAACCACCAGGUUUUACACGGCGUGUGUGGUGGAGGCCUUUGCCUACCUGCAUUCCAAAGGAAUCAUCUACAGAGACCUCAAACCAGAGAACCUUAUUUUGGACCACAGAGGAUAUGCCAAACUGGUCGACUUUGGCUUCGCCAAGAAGAUCGGAUUCGGAAAGAAAACGUGGACCUUCUGCGGAACGCCGGAGUAUGUAGCACCAGAGAUCAUUCUGAACAAGGGCCAUGACAUCUCAGCCGACUACUGGUCUCUGGGAAUCCUCAUGUUUGAGCUCUUAACUGGCAGCCCUCCAUUCUCUGGCCCGGAUCCCAUGAAAACCUACAACAUCAUCUUGAGAGGAAUCGACAUGAUAGAAUUUCCAAAGAAAAUUACCAAAAAUGCUGGCAACCUAAUUAAAAAGCUAUGCAGGGAUAAUCCUUCUGAACGACUGGGAAACUUGAAAAAUGGUGUCAAAGACAUUCAAAAGCACAAAUGGUUUGAGGGCUUUAACUGGGAGGGCUUGAAGAAGGGGACAUUGACCCCUCCUAUCGUCCCUAAUGUGACAUCAGCCGUAGACACAAGUAACUUUGACAGCUUCCCAGAGGACAACGAGGACCCGCCUCCUGACGACAACUCCGGCUGGGACGUUGAUUUUUGAAGUCCUCCUCUCGACUUUAAACCUAAAGAAACUCUUCUUUUGUUGGCUUUGAGGCCGUCUUGAGGACAUGGCUGAGUUCUGAGAAGAAAG